AUGACUAGCCCCCAUAAAGCCCUCAUCGCCAACGCCUCCCGCAGCGCAGACCUAACCACCCGCCCCCUCCCCGCCCUCCGCGCCGACUACCUCCUCAUCAAGACCGUCAGCGUGGCCCUAAACCCCACCGACUGGAAACACGUCCGUGACGGGCUCGCCCCCGGCACAACAGUCGGCUGCGACUACGCCGGCAUUGUCGAAGCCGUCGGGCCCAAAGUCGUCAAGCGCUUCGCGAAAGGCGACCACGUCUUCGGCUUCGCGCAGGGUUGCAACGUCAUGCAGAAAGAGGACGGCGCGUUCGCGGAGUACAUGGUUGCGAAGGGCGACGUGCAGUGGCGGAAGCCGGAGAACGUGUCCUUCGAGGAGGCGGCUACGCUGGGGAUCGGGAUUGCGACAGUGGUGCAGUCGCUGUACCAAGGGCUCGGGCUCGAGUGGCCGAAAGCCGGGGGGGAGGAGGAGGAGGUCCAGGGUAGCAAGGGUGUUAUUUUGAUCUACGGUGGUUCGACGGCGACGGGGUAUUUGGCGGUGCAGUGUGCGAAGUUGUCCGGGUAUACUGUGAUUGCGACGAGCUCGCCGCAUAAUUUUGAGUAUGUGCGUGCGGCGGGGGCGGACUAUGUGCUUGAUUAUAAGGAUCCGGGGGCUGUGGGGGAGGUUCGCAAGAUUACGGAUGGGAAGCUGAAGCUGGUUCUGGAUACGAUUUCGCUGGAGCAGAGCGUCAAGUUUUGCGAGGCGGCCCUGUCGGAGGAGGGCGGCAAGUAUCACUCUAUCUUGAGUAUUACGCCUGGCCGCAAGGAUGUGCAGUAUAGCUUUAGUCUGGCGUAUACGAUUAUCGCGGAGGACAUGCACAGGUUUGGAGGGGAGUGGCCGGCGCGGCCGGCGGACAAGGCGUAUAUGGAGUCGUUUGGGCCAUUGUUCGAGUCGCUCUUGGCGCAGGGGAAGAUCAAGCCCAUUAAGCCUCGUGUUGGCGAGCGUGGAUUGAAUGGCAUCUUGGAUGGGCUGAAGCAGAUGGAGGAGAAGAAGGUUUCUGGGGAGAAGCUGGUCUAUAACAUUGCGGACACCGCUUAG